AUGAGUGAUUUAUGUCCAGUUUAUGCUCCAUUUUUCGGUGCCAUGGGUUGCGCCGCUGCCAUCAUCUUCACCUCUUUCGGUGCUGCUUAUGGUACUGCUAAGAGUGGUGUUGGUAUUUGUGUUACUUGUGUUUUAAGACCAGAUUUAUUAUUUAAGAACAUUGUUCCAGUUAUUAUGGCUGGUAUUAUCGCUAUUUAUGGUUUAGUUGUUUCUGUCUUGGUCUGUUAUUCUUUGGGUCAAAAACAAGCUUUGUAUACUGGUUUUAUUCAAUUGGGUGCUGGUUUAAGUGUUGGUUUAAGUGGAUUAGCUGCUGGGUUUGCCAUUGGUAUUGUUGGUGAUGCUGGUGUUAGAGGUAAUUCUCAACAACCUAGAUUAUUCGUUGGUAUGAUUUUGAUUUUAAUUUUUGCCGAAGUUUUGGGUUUAUAUGGUUUAAUUGUUGCCUUGUUGUUAAACUCUAGAGCCACACAAGAUGUUGUUUGUUGA